AUGGCCCCAUCGGAUAAUGAAGGUGACCCUAUCGACAUUAAAAAGGGCCUCAACCUCGCUCUAGAUGACAUUCGGUCCCCAGGAUCGUUUAUGGCGGGUGCGAAUAUUCAUACUGCCGUCAAUCCUGGCCUCCAUAUUCCAGAUGUGGGGAAUAUUGGGCUUCCUAUAUCAGCUGAACAUGCGAAGGCAAUAAUCCAGUCCUGCCAUCCGAGCCCCUACGGAAAGGGUACUGAGACCCUGGUAGACGAAUCAGUACGGAAAAGUUGGCAACCAGACGCAAGCCAGUUUACUCUUCAGAACCCAAUAUGGCAGCACCAGGUUGAAAUGUUCAUGGACAAAGCUGUAACUGGUCUUGGCCUUGCAGCAAAUUGGCCGGAGGUUAAGGCGGAGUUAUACAAAUUACUUAUCUACCAGGAGGGUGCGUUCUUUCUGCCACACCGAGAAUCUGAAAAGGCCGAUGGCAUGUUUGGCACGCUCGCUCGCCAGUCUCUGAAUUUGGGAUGUCAUGGGCUGCUUGCCGCUCUACUGGAAUCUCAUGGCGGCAGUACAGAGAAUAUUACUCGCCUGCUUCAAUCUUGGGCCUGUGCCGCUGAAGUCGACAGCAUGCAAUACCCAAAUGGUUGGAGUAAUUGCAUCUAUAAUUAUUGCCCACCAGCACUCAUCUAUGUUCUUGAGCACCAGUAUACCAGUGCGGAGCUUGGCUUUUCUCGGCUGAAAGGGAUUGACCAGUGUCGUUUUGCAGGACUCCGGGAUGCAUGUCAAAGGGCCGGCUUCGAUAUCUUCCUAGCUAAUAUCGAGAAAGAGGACAUGGGUGAAGUUGAUGAUGAUGAUGGGGACUCCUACGGUGACUUCUAUGGCCGGAGACGUAAUAGAACUCACCGUAUUAGAGAUUUAAUUGAGACCAGCCUUAAGCUGUCGCAUGUGGUGGACUCGGAAGGUGUUAUUAUUGGAAAGAAUCUACCGUUCCCCGACCUGCUAAUCAUUCAAAAUGGUGUUUUUGACCGUUUCCAGGGCGCACUGAAAAUCCCAAGAAGGUUUCGCUUUUUGUUCACAAUCCAGCGGUUGAAACAUGGCCAGGGUGAUGUUUUAAAGGUCCUGGAAGACUGUCACCGUGCCGUACUAGAACAACCCAAUGACAUGCGGGCCAAGCAAAAGCUCUUACAAGUGUGUAGGGUGAUUACUCCAGUGGAGAGCUUGUACGAGCUGUAUGCCAGGCCACAAGAAGGGCAAGACAAGGUUUUGCAGAUCGCUCUUGAGCUUUCUGACGUGGAAUUAUUCUGUCGGGCUAUGAAGUGGCUUGACAUCAAAGACAUACCACUGUAUACCGUUCAAGCCCUGACCUACUCCUGCAGCUUGGACAAGAUCCUCCAGAAGGGGAGGUCUAGUGGCACGCAAUACAAAAAAUCGUUUUCUCGAAGCAUGAAUAUGCUUUAUAGGUUGAUUGAAGAAUAUCAUGAUGGCGAUCUCGCUAAGGCAUUCGAUGCUCAUAGUGGAGGCUCAGAAUCAGACGGGCAUGAUCUGGCAAAAGAAUUAAGUGAUUUCCCCACAAGAAGGGUGCUCUCAAGGGCCAUACCCUUCUUGAAAACUAAAUUGGAUAACACGGUUUUUAUUGUGGCAUUCAUUACAUCGGCUCAUGACUACUCACUUGCUGGUAAGUUUCACAAGGGCGACGCAGAUGCAGUACUUAAAAUGCUGUUCUCCAAGAUUGUGGGAUCUUUCAAGAUUGAAAGCAAUGACAGCAUGGGAGUAAUCAACGCCCUUACUGAACAUGCCUUGGAUGUCAAGGAAGGGACAGAGGAGAGUGCUUUUGAUGACUUUCUAUUCCCAGUAGCGAACGGCAUUUGCGCACACAUAGAUACGGCAAACCGUUCCUCCACAGCCAGUGAACGGCGAUUCAUCAAACAUAUGUUGGCCAAAUAUGUGCGUGACUACGUCAAAGAGGCCCCUCCGUCACCACCACCAGACUGGAAAAAGAGGACGACCAUACGAUGCAUCUGCUCCAACUGUGCCUCUCUGCGCAUGUUCAUUGAUGACACGUCCAGCACAACGAAGGAUUUCGAGCUGGGAGAAAAGCGCAGGCAACAUUUGGACCAGCAACUUGAUAAGGCAUUUUUCACCACACUAUCGUUAGAGCCAACCCGCCCAAGCUGCGAGUUGAAAAAACACAGGCUCUGCUUGUUUCCAACUUUAAAGCCUGGGUCACACGAGCACAAAUUGCGAACUUCAUGCUGGACCAGCUGUCUCAAAAGGGCUGCCUGA